AUGCCUGAGGAGUUUACCAACAUGACCAUCAUGACAGAAUUCUUGCUCAUGGGUUUCCCAGACGACUCAACAAUACAGACACUUCAUGCUGCACUAUUUUUCAUCAUUUACCUAGCAGCAUUGAUGGGGAACUUCCUUAUUGUCACCCUCACCACCAUUGAUCAACACCUCCAAACCCCCAUGUAUUUUUUCCUGAAGAAUUUGUCCUUAAUUGAUAUCUGCUAUAUCUCUGUCACGGUCCCCAAAUCCAUCAUGGACUCUCUAACCAACAGUCAUACCAUCUCUUUCCUGGGAUGUGCCUCUCAGCUUUUCCUGGUGAUUUUUUUUGCUGGCACAGAAUAUGCUCUUCUCAUUGUCAUGGCCUAUGACCGCUACGCUGCCAUCUGCCGGCCUUUGCACUAUGAAACCAUGAUGAGUUCCGGUGCGUGUGUGCGGAUGGUGACUGCCUCAUGGUUCAGCGGGUGUGUCUAUGGAUCCAUUCAUGUAACAGGUACAUUCUCUGUCAAUUUCUGUGGGCAAAAUAUAGUGCAGCAGUUCUUCUGUGAUGUCCCAUCACUGCUUACGCUUGCUUGUUCUGGGGAACACAUUUUAGAAUCUGCCUUUAUCAUUGCUAGUUGCUGUUUUGCUUUUGUAUGCUUUAUUUUAAUGGUUGUUUCUUAUGUUCAUAUUUUCUCCACUGUUCUCAGAAUCCCAUCUGUAAAAGGCAGAAUGAAAGCUUUCUCCACCUGCAUACCCCACCUCACAGUGGUAACCUUGUUCCUCUUUUCAGGAAUUAUUACCUAUUUAGCAAAAAAUUUAAAAUCUACAUCUUCACUUAAAAUGUUGAUAUCUGUAUUUUAUACUGUGUUACCACCCACUCUGAAUCCUCUCAUUUAUAGCCUGAGAAACAAAGACAUGAAGAUGGCUCUUGGAAAACUGAUAGCUAGAAAAAUGUCUAGUAUAUUUCCUUGA